CAGUGUAACUUAUCUUCCCCCUACAACAUCUUCGCUUCAGUACCUCUGAAUAACUGUAACUUAUCUUCCCCUGUAUAACCUUUUCUCUUCUGUACCUCCCUUUCCCUGCAGAACUGUGAAUUAUCUUCCUUCCCCUAUAACUUGUUCCCUGCUGUACCUCCUACCUCCUGCAUCACUGUAACUUAUCUUCCCCCUAUAACCUCUUCCCUUCAGUACCUCCCACCUCCUGCAUCAGUGUAACUUAUCUCCCCAUAUAGCCUCUUCCCUUCAGUACCUCUCACCUCCUGUAUCACUGUUACUUAUCUUCCCCCUACAACCUCUUCUCUUCAAUACCUCCCACUUCCAGCAUCACUGCAACCUCUGCACCUCUCCUCUCUCUGGGUUAUUGUCAGUUGUUCUCCAUCGUAUCUUCUUUUCGUCACUACACCUCUGCGACCCCUCCUUAUAACAUCUGCUCUUCAGCACUUUUCCUUUUCCUGCAUCACAGCUACUUUUCCCCCCUUUAUAACAUCUUCUCUCUUGUGACUCCCUCUCACAUCUAUUUCCCCUCCUCUCCCUUCUUUCACACUCCUCUGAUAAGCACCUCUUGGACUUCAUCCCCAUUAUACAGUACAUCCACAAACUCUUCCUUUAGUCCUCUCCGUCUUCCUUCAGGAACCAAUUCCCCACGCUCAGCAUCUCUCUCUCUCUCUCUCUCUCUCUUUGUCUCUCUCUCACUCUCUCUCAUUUCCUGCAAUCAGCUGUUUUGCCCUGUGAAGGAUGUUUGACAGAAGACCCAGCACACUGAGGGAUAACUAAAGUGGGAUCUGGAGAAAAUUAGGACUGGGAGAUUAGGGUUCCUGUGGAUAGGAUCCAGUAUAUGGGAAACAUGAAGAUGCUGACCAUACACUUUCCCUACAGUCUACUCUUCUUAGCUCAGACCAGCCUCAGCCUCUCUGAGUCUCCAUCUGCCUCCUGGCCACAACACACAGACUGUAUCCAAGCUAAUGAGCAGUGCAUUGCUGACCAGUCCUGCAGCUCAAGAUACCGUACCCUCCGACAAUGUCUAGCUGGGAGAGAUCGCGAUGUUCUGCUGUCCAGUUCGGAGUGCAAGACUGCCCUGGAGGUGCUCCAGGAGAGCCCCCUCUACAUGUGUCGCUGUCGGAGAGGAAUGAAGAAGGAGCUACUGUGCCUACAGGUCUACUGGGGAAUGCACGCCGGCCUGACAGAUGGGGAUGAAUUUUAUGAGUCUUCCCCAUACGAACCAGUGACCUCCCGUUUAUCUGACAUCUUCCGCGUGGCGUCAAUAAACUCCGGUACAGAAGCAGCCACCUAUAAGCAGAAUGCCUGCCUGAACGCCGCCAAGUUCUGCAAUGUGAAUGACACAUGCAAGAGAUUACGCUCCUCUUUCAUCUCAGUCUGCAACCCAUCAGCAGCUGAGCAAUGUGCCCGUCGCAAGUGCCACAAGAGCCUCCGCAACUUCAUGGAGCGCAUUCCUUCAACUCUAACCUACCCGCUCCUCUUUUGCCCCUGCGCGGACAAGCCAUGUGCUGAACGCCGGCGGCAAACUACGGUGCCCAGCUGCUCCUUCAGUCGCCCCGAAGCUCCUAACUGCCUGGAGUUGUGGGCCACCUGUAGGCAGGACCAUGUGUGCAGGUCUAGGUUAGCAGAUUUUACGACCAACUGUCAGAGCUCCGGUCAGUCUGCCAGCGGCUGUGUGAGGGAUAACUAUGUGGCAUGCCUGGGGGCAUAUGCAGGGCUGAUUGGGUACGACGUGGCUCUGAACUUCCUGGACUCAGAACCCCAUUCACUGUCCAUAGGACCUUGGUGCACUUGUAACGGGAGUGGUGACCAGGAAUCUCAGUGUGAACUAUACCUGAAAGGGUUCAGCCAGAACCGCUGCCUACAAAAUGCUAUUCAUGCCUUCGGCAAUGGUACAGAUGUGGUUCACAAGCAGAGUGUCCCCAGACCUCCUCACACGACUGCAACUCCACGAUCUGAGAGGAGGCACCUUCUUCCAGACAACCAGAGUGACAGCAACACCCUGUAUGAGACCAACCCAGCCAUAUGUGACCUGAUCCAGGACAUGAAGAAUAGCAGCUCUGCGCAGUUUAGGAUCUGUGUUUCUGAGGCACAGCUCAAUGCAGACCAUAUACCAGACUUAGCGAUAUAUAAGGACCACUCCGGGAUAACUCGACACCAAGCCAGUGGUUUGUACACCAUCAUCGUCCUGUUUUUCACUGUCCUUUAUUGACAGUGGCCUGACAGACGGGGAAGACGGGAAAAUUCUGCCUUCCCUGAUGAUGAAUGAACUUAAAACUUGUAUAUAACCCAAGAGAACCCUUCACAAUGGGGUGUGAGCCAGUGAUCUUGCGACAAACAGAAAGAGAUGAGGUGCGCAGGACUAAUAACAUACUUUGUACAGUCACCUGCCGACAUCUGCAGCAUUACAACUGCUUCUAGAUAAAUAUAUGACAGUGGUAGGUAGAACACAAGUCUGUGAGGUAAAUAUAUGUAUAAAUAGGAUUAAUAAGAAUAGGAGUGAGACUGAAAGAAAUGUUAUGUGAGUGAGAGAGCCAUAAUCUACAGAAAACAGCGAGAUGAUCUGCAGGAAUACAGCGGGAGAGACUUCAGGAAAGAUGCUCUGCAGAGUUCCGUUGUGAUGUAAUGAAAGUUACUGAGACGAUUUUCUGUCUGUUGAAAAAUGUUGCAAACAUGUUGACAUGAGCUGACCAAGAAUAAACACCCACAAAUAGAAAAAUGAAUGAAAUAUAAGAGUUACCUGCAAAAUAACCGUGCAAACAGCAUCUAUCGGGAACCUGACAGGAGAUGAGUUAGCAGCGGGAAGCUCUGCAGCUCUCGUUCCCUGUAUAUAAAUAUCUUUAUACUCCGUCUGCAAUUCUGCAUUUUUCUUCAUUUAACGAAUUAAAAUGUAUUGACCCCAAA